UACAGGAAACAAGUCAUCAAACAGCGCCCCUUUCACCGUGUUGUUGCGCAGUUGUCUGUAGCACGACAACACUCUUGUAUUGUUUUAUCAAUUUAUUGGUUUAGGGACUACGGAUUAGGUUCUAAUCAUGGCUAUGCAAGCAGCAAAACGCGCAAAUAUACGUUUACCACCAGAGGUAAACAGAAUACUGUACAUUCGAAAUCUGCCAUACAAGAUCACCGCCGAGGAAAUGUACGACAUUUUUGGGAAAUAUGGACCAAUACGGCAAAUCCGAGUUGGGAAUACUCCAGAGACCCGUGGUACUGCCUAUGUUGUGUAUGAAGACAUCUUCGAUGCCAAGAAUGCGUGUGAUCACCUGUCUGGAUUCAACGUUUGUAACAGAUACCUGGUCGUACUGUACUACAAUGCAAACAGGGCCUUCCAGAAAAUGGAUACAAAGAAGAAAGAAGAACAGCUGAAACUUCUCAAGGAGAAGUACGGAAUAAAUACAGAUCCGCCAAAAUAGACCUGCCUCCCACCAAUAUUUUUUUUGUCCCCUUUUUAAUUUUUUGUCAUGUUAUUAUGUUUUUAAAUUGUAACAUUUUCUAAGUGGUUUGGGUUUUUAAUUUCGCCUUUGAGAGUCAAUUGCAUUUUGUAAAUAACAGAUAGUAGCCAGAUUUCAGUUAAUAACUGCAUAAAAAAUGUAUCUGGUUGAUAAUUUCUGUAAUUAAAGAAGACAUGAUUUGCUUAAA